AGUGUCCUCACCCAUGUCCUGUCCAUCCGCACUGACCUCCCAACACUGAUGGUUAAGCCCUUCAGCGUUUGGUACCUUUCGGGUGUGUUUGAUCCCAGGGCCUCUGUUUCCAAAUGCCUGCCCUCCUGUUUGUGGGCCCCCUUUGUCCCCCUUGUCUCCUAUUCCCACACUGCAGGGGGGUGGAUUUCAGGCAUCCGUUCCUUGACCUCAGUCAGUCAUACCUUCUGGGCACUGACUUGCAGCCCCUUUCCCCCCUCCUCUGUCGCGACUCCCAGAGCAGAGCAGUCUUCAGUCUGUGUUUGACCCCGCGGCGAUUAAACAUUUUGCGGCGUUUUCUCUGAGAUGGUCGUGGGUGGUGCUAGCCAUGUUCCCGUGGCCGAACGCUUCUCCCAUGUCGAGUUGCUGCCUUUUGACCCCCUCCCACCCUCCCCCCCCCCCCCCCCCCCUCCCCAGCGUGCAGGCAGAGCGGACUUGCGCCCAGGCUGGCAUCGAUGGUUGUCGCCAAGCGGGCAAGUCGCCGAGGGGGGCACUGUCACGUCAGCACAGUCCCAGACUCCCCAGCGUUCCAAAAAGGCAAGUUAAUUUCCUCCAGCCUCCCACCCCGACACUUCGCAACGAGCCGCUGCCUUGUGCCAGCUGGUUGGCCCUGCCAUCUCGCCAGUCCGUCCGCUCUUCCCCACGCGGGUGUCUCCAGGCCGCAAGGGGGUUUUCUUUCGGUUGUCGACGGCAGCCCUCUGGGGCUGCACAGACGCACGCGACACCAAACCUUCCUCUCUCUCUCUCUCUCUCUCUCUCUCCCCCCGUGCACACAGAGCGCCGUCGCUCGAGAUCGACGUCCAGGGAGCGGGACCGAGCCAGACGGCGCGAGAGGUCCAGGUCCCGCGAGCGCAGAAGGAGCCGCUCCAGGUCACCUCACAGAAGGCGGUCCAGGUCUCCACGGCGACACAAGUCCAGCUCCGUCUCUCCGUCGCGACAGAAAGACCAGGAGUCGAAAGAUCGCGAGAUCUCAGAGGCUGACAUGGAGGGAAAGACAGAAGAAGAGAUUGAGCUGUUGAGGGUGAUGGGCUUUGACGCUUUCGACACCACCAAGGGCAAGAAGCUUGAAGGUUCUGUUAAUGCUUACGCUGUUAAUGUGCAACAGAAGAGGAAAUACCGGCAGUACAUGAACAGAAAAGGUGGAUUUAACAGACCGUUGGAUUUCAUUGCGUAAUUCCUUUCCAGGCCUGGCGAUACCUGACAUUUCUCGACCCUGCGGCCAGAGCGAUGGGGCAGCUUUCCCUUGACCCUUGCCACCGUUCGCCAGCAGGACCCCGCGUUGUUUUCUUUGUCCCCAGGAGGUGCUGGUGGUGUCUUCAAACCUGUCGGCGAAGGUUUGACCACGUUUUGUGACGUUUAUUCUGUAUAUUGUUUUCAAAUUACUGUGCUGUUAGUGAGGCGUGAAGAGGGCGGACGUAUUCUGUGCAUUAACCUGUAUCAAUAAAAGCUCCAAACAAAGUCAA